UGCCCUUAAGCUUUCCUGCCGCCACCCGACCCACACUGCUUGCAUUGUGGCUUUUUGUGUAAAGUGGGACUAAUCCCUGCCCGCCCAGUCCAUCUUUUGAGAUGAACCUGAAGGUGUCCUGCAAAUUGUGCUGAGUUGCACCAGUUUAAGAUGCUAAAAUUGUGGUUGUUGUGAUUUUUGUUGCUCUCUCUGCUGCUGAGGUACAGAGAUGUUUCCUCUGAAUGCUUGACUAGACGUAUAAGGACUUAUUAGCUUUGCCCUCUCCAGUUUUAGCAAUUAACUGCCUUGCUUUCUUCUGAGGCGUGGAUUCUCCACUAACAUUAGUUGUGGAGUUCCGUACAUCUUGUUUUGCUUCUGGAUCCUCGGCGUGGCUCUCAAACUAAGUAACUUUGUGUUUGUAUUAUGCACACUCUUUGCCCAUGCUGAGCGCACCACCAAGAUUACACCCCAUUCCCCAAACUAACUUUUAAGGAAAUCUUUUUAAACACGACCAAUGUAAUUGUGAGACUACGGAACUGGAUCAUAGGCCAACUCAUCACUAAAGGACUCUGUGAAGUUGAAUCUGCGUAAUUCAAAAUUUCUAUUUUAUGUGUAUGGUUUUGAAUAAAAAACUGCCUCGUAGCUAUAUAAUUGUGGAUAUCCUUGGAACAGAAGAUCUUCUUGUAGAAGCGACUUCCAAUGAUACUGUGAGGUUUUAUCCCUGGACCAUUGAUAAUAAAUACUACUCUGCAGAUAUCAAUCUAUGUGUGGUGCCAAAUAAAUUUCUUGUCACUGCUGAAAUUGCGGAGUCUGUGCAGGCAUUUGUGGUUUACUUUGACAGCACACAAAAGUCAGGUCUUGACAGUGUCUCCUCAUGGCUUCCGCUGGCAGAGGCAUGGUUACCUGAGGUGAUGAUCUUGGUCUGCGACAGAGUGUCUGAAGAUGGAGUAAACAGACAAAAAGCUCAAGAAUGGUGCAUCAAACAUGGCUUUGAAUUGGUUGAGCUUAGUCCAGAGGAACUGCCUGAGGAGGAUGAUGACUUCCCUGAAUCUACAGGAGUAAAGCGAAUUGUCCAAGCUUUGAAUGCCAAUGUCUGGUCCAAUGUGGUGAUGAAGAAUGAUAGAAACCAAGGUUUUAGCCUUCUCAACUCAUUGGCUGCAACAAACCAUAGCAUUGGAUCAGCAGAGACCUGUCACUCAGAGCUUGUUACCACUUCUCUACAGCCAGCAAGGGAGUGUGAAAGCGUGAGCCUUUUUGGAUUUAUCUCUGAAAUAGUGUGCUAUUCAGUUGUUGCUUAUGUGUAUUUUCUUCAACAGCAGUCCCAUUUGCCAGCAGCAGAUAGGACAGAGUCCCUCCCAGGUCAUCAGGAUGGUGCAUCUAACACAGCAGAUGCCCGGGUGGAUAGCAGUGUGGAUCCCAUGUUAGAUCUGGAUAUUCAAGAAUUAGCCAGUCUUACUACUGGAGGAGGAGAUUUGGAGAAUUUUGAAAGAUUAUUUUCAAAGUUAAAGGAAAUGAAAGACAAGGCUGCGACGCUUCCUCACGAGCAAAGAAAAUUGCAUGCAGAAAAGGUGGCCAAAGCUUUCUGGAUGGCAAUUGGGGGAGACAGAGAUGAAAUUGAAGGCCUAUCUUCUGAUGAAGAACACUAAAUUAUCCCUACUAGGUUUGACUCACAAAGAUGCUAGCUUUCUACGUGAGAUACUUCCUGCUCAACCCAGUAAUAUUUUGCUAUAAUUCCCAUUCUCCUGUUGGCCACCUGACUUGUUUUUAGUCCCUUUAAUUUUAGUGUCUAAUAGGAAGUUCAGAAGAAUUCUUUUCUUCUUCAGAAUGUGGGAAAGAGGAGUACAAUAACAAUAAUGAGUGAGAAUCUCUCAGAUAUACUUUUUUGUUCGAAGAAUAUCUGUGAUUUGUCAAGUUUAAGAAGAAAACCGCUCAGCCUUUCCAAGCCAGGCUUUUCUGUAGCAUCCCCAGCAUUUUCUCUUCAUUGCCAGAGAUCAAGGGCAUAUGUCAUUUUCCCCACUCAAGGAGUUUACAGAUCUGAGCUAUGAAGCUUUUGGGAGGAGGAAAGUAGCAUCUCCAGGUUGGAUUUGUGCUAUGGAAGGGGGGUGUGGGCAAAGUCAGUGGCCCACAGGUGUGUCUCUAAUUGAAAAGGUGCUCUGGGCAUCUCAUUUGAGGCACAGUGUCUGAGCUCACACUACAAUGAAUUUAAAAAAACAGUUUAGAGACUAUAAGGAAUGAGGUCUCAUGAAGAUAAAACAGACCCGCCACCAAGUUUUUGUGUGGAGUGGGGAGGUAAGAGAGAGACUCUUGUGGAAUUCAUGUGUGGGCUAUGGAAACUAUUCUCAUGAUGAGAUUGUUGUGUUGGCAUUAUGAAGAUACUUCUGUCUUACUCUUCUCCUUGCUACUUGAGAUGCCAGGGCUGUGCCUUCACACUUUAAACCUUCAAAACAAGGAAGCAUCCCCUUCUUCCUGUUUCAAAGACAUCACUACCAAAGUAGCAACACCAGAUGGUGGGUGAGGAUGUGAAAUAUUAGGUCUUGCGUUCCUGAGCACCUUCUUUCACUCUCCAGCUUAAUGGCUCCUCUGGGCCUUUUCAGGGUUACAGCCCUGAGAAAAAGCCCUGUUCUUUAUCCUGACUCAUUCAAACAUGAUUGAUCACUGAAAGGAAAGUUUGAAAGAGAAAGUGGAAAAUAUAGCAAAUAGAAAUCCUUAUUAAAAAAAAAUCCUUAUAAGCAUUAUAGAACCUCAAAGAGCUAGCACAAAGAAUGGAAUGCUAUAGGGGCUAGGCUAGAGCGACCAUGGGGGAAACCUUGCAGUAACUGGAGAGUUCAAUAAGAGGAUCCAGGGAACAAUGAAAGCUAUCUUAGUAGCUUUUUUGUUUUGUUUUUUCUUUCUUUUUUUUUUUUUUUAACUGUUCUGAAAGUCUUUGAGUCAGUGGUUCACCACCAUCCCAUCAGUGGGACUGAUAUUUCCUUGAGGUGACUAUGCUUCUUCAAGGUGAUGUUUCUUUGAAUUGAUUGCAUUAGCCAUUAAGGAUGAAAGGAAGUUGGCUUUGGGGUUGCCAAAAAUGUGGAAUGUUUUCUUAAAACAUGGAAGAUUUUAGAAAAUGUUAAGACACAUUGGUGAGGGGAAAACAGACUAGAAAAAACUGUGAUCUUGAUUUUGUGGAUUAAACAAAGCCAGGUAAUUAAAAUGAUCUAUUUAUAAAAUGCUAAUGUAUGUUAUUAUGACUUGUUUUUCUGUAGAUGGUAUGAGUGGGGAAAGCCUUCCAUCCUUCAUUGAGUUAGACAUGGUGAAGAGUCUUAAGAAUUCAUCAAGCUCAUUAUUUUGGAACCCACUGUGCCUGUGUGUAAUGUCUAUUCAUGCUUUUAAGACCUCAGCUCUCUGGGAUAUUGGCCCCUUAUAGAGAACACAUGGGAUAAAGGUAUCUAGUGGUAUCUACUAAUGGCUCAUGUUCCGAAGAGUGAUCAUGAGCUAACAGUGCAGACACAACUGCAGUCUAGCUAAAAUGACGUCUCUGCAUACUACCACAAGUUAUAGACUUCUAGCCAGGAUUUCGGAGGAGAUACUGGGCUUUUUUACCCCUACAUAUUUUUCUAUUUGUGUGUAACAGUGUUUAGCACAUAUACACCCUUAAUUUUACUUGGAAGGUUUGGUUCAUGUUUGGUGAAUAUGAUCACAAAGUUUGAAGAUCCAAGAGUGUUGGAACUAGGUAGAGACAAGAAUAAACUUUUCUUUUCCCCCAAGAAAA